AUGACGGCCACAGCAGAACGAGUCAAGCAUCAUGCCGAGGAUGAGGAUCUUGCAUGUACGUACGCCUUGCCUCUCAUCGCGCGCACAGCCUGCCGGUGUCGUGCAGGGCUCGUCCUUCGCAAUCGAGCCAGCCUCGCCCGCCGGUGUGGGGGGUUCGUACCCAGCGCUGUCGACUGACGAACUCGGUGGAUAUGCACAGAUCGAUUGCAGAUCAUGGGUGCUCGUGAAGGAGCCAUCAAGGUACAUGCCCGUCGUCGAGCGUCGAUCGGCGCGACAGAGCUCGGGAGCUGAGCACACGACCCUCUUCGGACUAUGAUCAGGGCACACUCGUUGCGGGUACACUCGUCGCACUGUGAGCAGCCCUUGUCGAGCACGCACACGCAAUCGACGGCCAUCUUUGAUCUCAUUGCUGUUUUCUACCACGCCACAGGUGCAACUGGAGGUCAGUCGACGACUCGGACUCUCUGGGGGGGACAAGCAACAUCCAACAUCGUCAUCGCCUGGAGCAGAGCACUCACCUGGGACCGAUACUUGCCAGGUUCCCAUGGAUGCAGCGACAGACACUGGCUGGCAAAGCGUUCCUCACCAUGUGGUCAGUCCCCACCACGACGCCCAAUUUUCGGGCCAGCAUCGACGAAUCGGGCUGAGCGCGAACCGUCACUUUUUGUGCCCAGGGGAACGAUCUUUGGUAUGGUCACACACGCAGGUUCGUAUACCGACCCUGGACCUGAAAUCCCCAUCUUCUCCGAGCGCUUCGCCGUCCCAAAAUCAGGCGGUCUUGCGGCGUGAGCUGACCCCAACCCCCGGCCCCCCACAUGUUCCUGCUUGCGGCCCACCUCGUUCACACAGACUACUAUCUGUUGAAAUGGGAAGCCGAGCACCGUCGUAAAGCCGAAGAAUGGCGCACACGAGCCCGCAUCGGUGCGUAGGGUUAACCUUGUCCGCUCCCAUACCAAUGCUGGAAUAGUCGGGCUCAACCAACACUCGCUGCGACGUCCGACACAUCUUUGCACAGAGCUGGCUGCGCAAGGAUCGGUGCCGAGUGAGACGACGAUGCGCGCGUGGAAGAAGAAGGACGACGAGAGGAAAGCCGACGAGUGGGCUCGGAAGCAACAGGCUCAAAAGCAGACAACCGCGACCCCGACGACGACGACGACCGAUGCUCCGGUGGUGGAGAGCAAGGUUCUGCAAGAGUUGCAGAACAGGAAAGAGGCCUAG